AUGCACUUCUCCAACGCCGCAGCGCUUACCUCUGCGCUCUUUUCUACCAUUGCCUUCGCCGCCCCCUCCUCCGAGUUUGGCUGGAAGCCAUUGACAGCCACUGUCCAACUCGCCAAUGAUCAAUCUGGCAACUACGCGAACGUUGUCAUCCCCGUCGACGGUGUGAAGCGACCAGUUCAGGAACUCUGGGGAAACACCGCUGUCGCACACAAUGGCCUUGUUUUCGCCUCGACCGCUCAGCUCACAGCCUUCCAACAGACCACAGUCUGCACCAUCACGGAAGAGAGACCUUACCUGGAUGCAAGCCUGGGCGCCGAGAGAACUUCGGUGUCCCUGGGCCAACCCGUUGUCGAUCUCUGCUCCGCUUAUAUUGUUUGUGAAUGCGAGGGCAUGGGAGAGUUCUUCUGA